GCCGCCCGGGCGGGUCAGGUCGGCCCACGCGCGUCCUCCGUCUGGCAGGCCCCGGGCCCAUGGCUGCUUCCCCGGCGGACGCGUCCCGCAGGCGGCGGGAGAAGCGGCGGCAGCUCGACGCGCGCCGCAGCAAGUGUCGCAUCCGUCUGGGCGGCCACAUGGAGCAGUGGUGCCUCCUCAAGGAGCGUCUGGGCUUCUCCCUGCACUCGCAGCUCGCCAAGUUCCUGCUUGACCGGUACACUUCUUCAGGCUGUGUGCUCUGUGCAGGUUCCAAGCCUUUGCCCCCCAAAGGUCUGCAGUAUCUGGUUCUGCUCUCUCAUGCCCACAGCCAAGAGUGCAGCCUGGUGCCCGGGCUGCGGGGGCCUGGGGGCCAAGAUGGUGGGCUUGUGUGGGAGUGCUCCGCAGGCCACACCUUCUCCUGGGGCCCCUCUUCAGGCCCCACACCUCCAGCGGAGUCCAAGCCAGCCCUCCUUCCAAGCACUUCCCAGAGAAGCUGGUGCCCAGAGGCCAGGGGUGGGCAGGAGCCUGCAGGUUUGGAAUCUGAGCAUGAGGAGAGGACUCAGGAGACGAGGUUGCUCAGGGGAAUAAGACCCCCACCAGAGUUCUUUCUGCCCCCAGGAGAAGACGAGGGGGUUGAUGAAGAUGAGAGCGAAGAGGAGCUGCUCAGUGAUGCCAGCCCAUGGACCUACAGCUCUUCCUCAGACAACUGUGAGCCAGAUGGCCCCAAACCGCCUCCUUCCCCUGUUACUCAUGCACUUAAGGAAGGAGAGAUAGCCGCAGCCCCUGCAGCUGCCCCCACUUCUCUGGCUAGGCCGCCCUCCUCAGCACCCUCGGUGGGUUCUGGAGCUUCUCUGCCUGUGGAAGGCAGGGUACAGCUGGAGCUCAGUCGGACCCCUCAAGCAGCCCAGCAAACUGAGCCCCUGGCCAGCCCUGGGAGUCAGGCCCAGUCUUCUCUGGCUGUAGCCUGGGACGAAGACAGUGCACAGAUCGGCCCUAAGAGAAUCCGGAAAGCUGCCAAAAAGGAGCUGCUGCCUUGUGACUUCCCUGGCUGUGGGAGGAUCUUCUCCAACCGGCAAUAUUUGAAUCACCACAAGAAGUACCAGCACAUCCACCAGAAGUCCUUCUCCUGCCCAGAGCCAGCCUGCGGGAAGUCCUUCAACUUCAAGAAACACCUGAAGGAGCACGUGAAGCUGCACAGUGACACCCGGGACUACAUCUGUGAAUUCUGCGCCCGGUCUUUCCGCACCAGCAGCAACCUGGUCAUCCACCAGCGCAUCCACACUGGGGAGAAGCCCCUGCAGUGUGAAAUCUGCGGGUUCACGUGCCGCCAGAAGGCCUCCCUGAACUGGCACCGGCGCAAGCACGCAGAGACGGCAGCCACCCUGCGCUUUCCCUGCGAGGUCUGCGGCAAGCGCUUUGAGAAGCCAGACAGUGUUGCGGCUCACUGCAGCAAGAGCCACCCGGCUGUGCUCCUGGCUUCCUCAGAGCGGCCGGGGCCAGAGGAGCCCUGUUCCAGCACCUCUGGCCCUGCGUUCCUGGGGUCCAAUGAUGAGUGCAGGCCGCCUCAAGUUCCUCAGGCUCUGACCCUGCUUCCUAAGCACUGACCACAGAGGCUGAAGAGCAGCAAUGCCAGACACUUGGUUCCUGGGGACUCGGGCGAUGGGAAGGAAGUACAGGGCAGGGCUGGAUUCCAGGACAGCCAGGCUCCAGUAGUCUUCCUACAGGACAGAAUAAACCCAGUAUUU